AUUCAUACGGCCGCGUGAACUACACUCUAGUUGUGUGUGGUAGUGCCGGUGGGCCGGUGUCAACGUUGGCCGGUGUUUUGUGGUGUUUCUCGCCGAGACCCCGAGGCCCCGAGCCACCAUACCCGCAGGUUCCCGCGCGUUUGCGAACCGUCAGUCGGCUCCGCCGUAGUCGGCACACAGCCCUUGCGCGAGUGCAGCGAUGACCAAGAGUUUGCUAUUAACUUAUGUGCUCUGGCUAACUGGUGGCUGGUUCGGGGCCCAUCACUUCUACCUGGGUCGCGACCGGCAUGCGUUUGUCUGGUGGAUGACACUGGGAGGCUACUUCGGAAUCGGGUGGCUCCGAGACCUGUGGCGAAUACCCGAGUACGUGAAGCUGGCCAACAGGGACCCGGCCGCGACGGAACAGCUCAAGGAGAAGAUACAGAGGAAUGCCAAGCCCGUGUCCAGCACAGCGCGCUCGGUGGGCCAGAUGGUCGUGUCGGACGCCCUGGGCUACAUGGUGCUCUACGCCCUGCCGCUGGACGUCAUCCCGGAGUCUCUGCUGCCCCUGGCCGCGAUUCCGGUGCCGCUGGCCGUGGCUGUCGGCGUUCAUCUGGUGGGCAACAUUGGCGAGCAGGAAGGGGACCUGAAGAUGGCCUUGCUGGGUGCCUACCUGACCUACCCGCUCUACUUCUGGAGCACCCACAGCGUCUUCUGGUCAAGCCUAGCGUCGAGUUACAUGUUCAACCACCACUCCAAGCGCUGGCGACUGGUGCCGCGCCCACAGCGCUCAUUGCGCUGGCGGCUCCUGGUGCUCGCUGCCUGCUGCCUGCUUUAUGGCUCGCUGUGGGCCUCGUGGCUCUACUUCAACUGUAGCGUGACGGACAGCGACGGUACGCAGGUCAAGUGCCGCCACUCGCUGCGCCACUUCUUUGGCAGCCCCCUGUGGCGGGACUUUAAGAAUGUGGCGCACGAGCUGUACACCCACCUCCGACACCACGGCUGGAGGGAGCUGUGGCGGCUGCUCGUGGAUGCCCUCGACCCCCAAGGGGAAGCAAGCGCCCUCAAGGUCCUGGGCCUUCCUGCCAGCGCCACGCAGGAGGAGAUCACCAACGCCUACCGGAAGCUGUCGCGCCGGUGGCAUCCCGACCGCUUCCACGAGCCCCUCCAGAAACAGGAGGCGCAGGAGACGUUCAUUGAAAUUCAGAAGGCUUAUGAGACGCUGUCCAGCUUGAAGUCGAGGCGCCUGAAGAAGAACAUUGUGGAGCGCGAAAAUCCCAAUGCUCCCCGAGUCGAGUUCUGAAGGGUCCGUGGCGGUUCGCGUGGCAUGUGCCGUCCUCCUUGCUGCUGAGCUGUGGACCAAAGACGCACUGUACAUUCCAUAGUAGGUCACGGCAGGCCCGACAAAGUCAUGCUUCUCCAAGUUCUGGCACUGUACUUGGUACUUCCACCGGCCUCAAUGUCCAUGGCGGAUGUUACGGCUAAUGCGGUGAAAUUUAUUCUCCACAGAAACCAAAGGAAAUAAAUGAAGUUAAGCUUGGUCUUAAGAUCAAGCGCAACUCUGCUCAAAGUUUGAAAGUAAACAAGUUUCUGAUAUUGCUUCA